CUCCCCCAAAACGUGGAUACGUACAAGCAAUUCUCUCCGGAGCGUUAGAAUUGCUGACUCCGUUAAUAACAAAGAAACCAACAUGGCCUCCAUAGACAGUCACCGAGACGGGGCCGAUAUCUACCAUGGUGCGGCUCUUUGCAAGCAAAAAUUGCGAGAGCUCCUCGACAAGUUCCGUUUCCCUAGAGCACUGCUGCCGUUGAGCGACCUCAACGAGUUCGGAUUCAACUCGAUUACGGGGUUCAUCUGGCUGAAACAGAAGAAGAAAUUUGAGUACAAGUUCAAGUCGAUCGGGAAAACCGUCUCGUACGACUCGGAGGUGACGACGUUCAUCGAAGAGCGCCGGAUGCGACGGUUGACGGGUGUGAAAUCUAAAGAGAUGUUCAUCUGGAUUACUGUUUCUGAGAUUUCUAUCCUUGACAUUGAUCCUUGCAAGAUCACAUUUGCUAGUUCGUCGGGGCUGGCCAAGACUUUUCCGAUCGAAGCUUUUGCUUUGGAAGAUGAGAGGAAGUGAAGGUUUUUAUUUAAAUUUUAAGUUUAGUUAUUGAAAUGUCUGAAAUAAUUUACUAAACAAUUAUUUAAAGUAAUUUAAUGAA